AUGGGCAAGAAGCAGCCAGAGGCGGACCCUCCAGUGCGCGUCGAGACAACAACGGAGGGAGACGGCAAGACCUACCCGAGCCACGGCGAUGCGCUGACAGUGCACUACACCGGCCGGCUCGCCAAGUCGGACGAGGUCUUCGACAACUCACGCGAGCGCGCGCCCUUCUCCUUCACGCUAGGGGCAGGGACGGUGAUUCGGGGCUGGGAGCUCGGCGUCGCCUCCAUGAGCCUAGGCCAGCGCGCCACGCUGAGCAUCAGCGCUGAGGCAGCCUACGGGCGCAAAGGGUGCGAUCAGCGCGGCAACGCCUCUGGCACGGGCUUCAUCCCGCCCAACGCCGCGCUGAUCUUUGACGUGGAGCUCCUCGACAUC